UCUUUAAAUUUUAAUGUUGAUUUUUUGCUGUAUACUUAUAUCAAUAAAACACACAUAAAAAGUAGUAACAAACUAGUAUAAUAAACUAGUAUAAUAAAAUAAAGUAGUAUAAACAUAUAAAACUUAUAAACAGUACACAAAUUCAGGUAAUACCUAAAGAAAUAUAAAUGAGUAAUGUAAUAAACAAAAACAUAGAGAGUGCAUACCAAUUUUCAAAUCAGAUGAAGCGACUGAGUAAUAAACAUAUUAUGACAAUACCAUUAAUACAUAGUAUGCAGGAAUGUGGAGUCUCAAAAAGGACUCCGGAUUUGAAAGUUAUAAAAAAAUUACUUCUUCCUAGUUUUUCAGGAACUCUAAAAAUAUAAAAAAGCUUAUAAACUACUAUUGGUUAAAAAAUUAAAACUUUUAGGUUAAAGGAAAAAUCAGUUUUAGAACCCAGAGUUUGGAACUAUAAUUUUGGCAAAGACUCCGGGAUUUCUGGCUUAACAGCAAUAAGUUCCAAGUUAUUAAAUUUUGUGAAUUUUUUUCUUGAAGAAAAUUUCAAAUAAUCCAAAAUAUUUGGAGAUUCUGGACACCAGAGACCAGUGACAAAUAUAGAUAUAAGGCUUGAAUUCUUUUGGGACUCCGCAUUCUUGAUACAUACAAAAAGUAAUUGUAAUAAAUUGUCGCUAGUUAAAAUUAUUUGUAAAAAGUAUAUUUUAUUUCCUAUAAAACUUGAAGUAUCAAAGAUCUUUGCACUUGUAGAUCAUAUACGUUGCAUAUACGUUGCAUCUUAUCUUGAUAAAAGACAUAAAGAAGUUUUUGAUAUUAUGUGCUUCACAGCAGCAUUUCAAACACAAAAUUGCCAAAAAUAAAAAAAGUUUACCUAACCGUGUAUAAAUACUUUAAGUGGACCAAGCCAUGUGAAAGUCCCACCUUCCUUAUUAAUUCUUUCAAUAUUUUUUAAGAUUAUAUUUUGCCUAACAAGAUAUUUAUUGGGCAGAAUGUUGUAAACGUUGUCUUGGGUAUGUUGCAUACUUCGUGUCAUAGUCGCUUUGUUUCUUUUUUAAACAAAUAUUAUUGAUCAUGACAUGCUGCAUUAACGUCUUGGUAAAAAGUUAAUGCAACCGCUUUCCCAGAAAUAAAUUUUGCUCAGGCAUUAAAUCUAAAUUGCAUCAACAUGAUGUGAAUUAUACUUUUCAAUACUUAUCAACAAUAACUCCAAACUUAAGUUUGUGCUUGCUUUAGUUAAAUGAGGGUGCCUUGCAAAAAAAAAUUAUUUAAUAAAAUUUAAAACCUGCCUAUGAAUUUAAAUUUAGUAUAAGAUAAUAAAGUUGAAAAUGUUAUAAGUCACGGCACUCAUGUUUAUAAAGGGAGAGGCAAACGUUUUAGGGUUGUUUUUUUUCCCAGGCUUCCAUCGCAAAUAUUUUUUGCAAAGCAUCUUCAUUUGAAACAGGCAUAAACAAACAUAAGUUUGGAGUUUGUACUAUAGGGUGUCUCAAAAAAGUAUUGUAUAUUGAAUUUUGAUGUGCGGAAUACUGCAUUCUGUGUCAUUUUGAAAAUGAAGACGAACAAAAAAAAAUGAAGUCUCUAGCUCUAGCGGAAGGUUAUUUAUGUCAAUUUCCUUUUUUUUAUAUAUAUAAAUUUUGAGAUAAAAUUAAUUUUAUUCUUCUUCAAACAAACACGUUUCGACAAAAGAAUGGCGAACAAUAGAAAUUAAUGGUGCGUAUCUAAUAAUUCGAGCUAAAUUAUUAUUAAAUCACUUUUAAAAGUUGUUUUCAACAAAAACAAAACUCUUUACUUCCUAAAACUCUUUACUUACCAAAACUUGAUUUUAAAAUUUAGUCUUUUUUUUUCAUUGAUAAUAAUCAUUAUUAGAACUAACUAACUAUUUUUUAAAAUGUUUUAGUACCACACAGAUCAACGUCAAAAUUGGCUGCCCAGUUGCUUCUGUCAAGACUUAUUUGAGAUGCUCCAGGUUUGCUGACGGAGGGUGCGGAAGGAAAACCAAGCAGUUAAAUACAAACAUCUGUAUUCUGAGGGAGCUUGUCACUUUGUGGGAACAAGCUCGGUUUAGCAAUACUUUCUUUUGACCGAGCAAGCUAUAAAGAUCAGAAUUACCAAGAAAGUUAAAGAGUUAUUACACUUUAAAAAUGCUUAAAACACUAGAUUUGCCCGAGGGCAGCUAUAACAAGAAGGUUGACAAAUUUUUGAUAGAGAGUAGUGCUCUUUUUUCUAUUCAAAAAUCAAAUAUGAUUUUAUGAAUCAAUUAUGAUUUAAUUAAAAUUGAUAAAAAUAGGGAUGACGAGGCUAAGAGUGAAGACAUAAAUUUUUUGAGGCAUUGUCUGAGAAGGGAUAUGGUUAAAUUUGGCAACGUUGAUAAAAUAUUUAGUGAAAAUGUUCACAGAGCACAGGAAAAACUUCUAAAAAUGUCAGAAAAAAUCCAAAAGCAUGCGGAAAAAAAUAAAAAAAAAGAAAGCAUUUGGAAGUAUACUUUUUAGGCACAGAUAGUGAGAAUCAAAGUGAAUACGAUGAAAUUAAUUUACCUCCUGCUAAAGUCCAGAAAAAUCAAAAAAGAUUUCAGAAUGAUUUGAAAGUUUGCCUUCAAUUAAGUUUUAAGGACAUUCUUCACAACUGGAUUCCAAUUAUGAGCAGAUUUAGAAUUGGAGUCAGACCAGGUAUGUGUCUUUUGAAUUCUCUUUACAAAGCUGAUGGUGCUGAUAUUGAUAAUAUCUCUAUAUCAAGAUCAACUCUAAACAGGAAGACCCAUACUAUUUUGGAGUCUGAGGCACCGAUGAUCAGGGACAAAAAUUUAGAUAAAGUAAAGGGUUUGAAAAUUGUGGUACACUUUGACACAAAAACAUUGAAAAGAUACAAUUGGGAAGAAGGAGUAUGUAAAAGCGAGGAUAGAAUCGCCAUAAGCGCAUCUUCACCCGAGUCUGGUCCGCUAGACUUUCUUCUGGGCAUCUUAAAAAUCGAAAGUUAUAAGAGAAGUGAUCAAGCUACUGCCAUUCAAGCUAUGCUUGAAUAUUAUGAGAUGUCUGACCAGAUUAUUGGAUUGUGUUCGGACACAACAUCCUGUAACACUGGAAGAAAAAAGGGUGCUAUAAGCAUUAUUGUUUCAUACGUCCUAGUUAGACCGGUUCUUUGGCUAAUGUGUAGACAUCAAAUCUAUGAAAGACAUGUGGCUCAUUUAAUGAAGGAAAUAUUUGGUCCAACCAAUGGUCCCAACAGGAAGCUAUAUAUUACUCUCCAAAAAAUAUGGCCGCAGAUUUAUAGAGAUGUAAACAAAUUAGAGAGAAUUGUAAAAUUUGGCUGGACUCAAGAUGCCUUUAGACCUAACUCUUUGUUGUACAAACUUGCUUCGGAUACAAAAGAACUCUGUACCACAGCGCUCCGUGAGAGUACUUUCCAGAGAGGAGAUUACAGGUAUCUUUGUGAGCUUCUGGCGUUUUUUCUAGGAGCUGAGUUACCAAACUUCUCAUUUAAACAACCAGGAGCUCAUCAUGAAGCAAGAUUUAUGGCAGACUGUAUCUACUUGCUGGUGAUUCAAAUGACUCAAAUGUACUACCCAGUUGAUUCUGAAUCUGGUAAUAUAAGCACGUUAAGUAAUCUGAAGGCUGCAACCAACUACAUUGUAUUUUUUCACGGCUUCUUUUUUCUGAAAUGCGCAAUGGCUUCUCAAGCACCGUCGAAUGAUUUGAUGGCAUUCAAUAUUGUUUUUUAGCUGCAAACAGUGGAUGAGUUUAAAGAAUUUGCAGUUGUGGGAAAGGUUCUUUACCAAAGCCUUAGCCGUCACACUUGGUACCUGUCCCCCCAACAAGUAGUUUUUGCUCUUGCUGAUAAAGAACUGAAUAUUGAAGUUAAGAACAAUAUGUUAAAUAAGCUGCUUUCCUAUGAUGUCCCGGUGUUGCAAGAUCUGAUUAAAAAGAAACCUGAAUCUAUUAUUGAAAUUGUUCCUACGUCUAAACUAGAUGAUUUUAUCAAUGAACAGUCCUUUUGUUUUUGCUGUUGGAUAUUUCCAAAAAAGAACUUCUCCUCUACAAAGAAAAAGGCAUCGAAGCAUGUGAAAGUGAGAAAACCCCUCAGUCUUUUACAUACUUCUCAAAGUGCGUAAGAACGCUUGCAGUUGUAAAUGACCGUGCAGAACGUCACAUCAAGUUGAUUCAAAAUUUUGUUGAGAGAACACACAAUGAAGAUAGGCUUCAGGAUACUCUCCAGGUUGUCCAGAGAAACCGGCAGCAGGUAUCGAAAAAGGCUACAAAGAAAGAUCUUACUACUAUUAUUUAGUUGAGAAAUAUUUUGUAGUUAAAAAUAUAGGUUUAUAUUUGUAUUAUUAUUAAUUUUUAUUUACUUAAUUUUUUUUUGUUCGUCUACAUUUUCAAAAUGACGCAGAAUGCAGUAUUCCGCACAUUAAAAUUCAAUAUAUGAUACUUUUUUGAGACACCCUAUUGUACUUUGUCUGAAAGUGACAUAUUUGAAACUUCAAAAAAUAUAUGGUACUGCUGGCACCCAUGUUUUGCGAUGUAUUAGUUUUUCAACAUUUUGACAUCAUAUACUAAGAACUUGGUAUUGAACAAGAUUCUUAUAAAAGAUUUUAAGAUUAAAAUCAAUAGUUUAGAUAACUUUAAGUUUUUAGUUUGUUUUUAUUUAGUAACUUUUUUUGAAACCUACUAUGACAGUUUUAAAGCAUUAUUUCAAAGCGAUAGUAAUUACAAAUUAAACAGAAAAAAAGAAAAACACUAACAUAUAUAAAUAUAAGCAUAUAUACACUUACAGCAUUAAUGUAUAGAUGCAAACAAUACAAGCUUAUAUACGCAUGCGCAAAUAUAAGCAUAUAUACACGUAUAGCACUUAAUGUAUAGAUGCGCACAUACAUAAACUGCUAACAACAAACGCAAGCUCAGAUUUGAACAAAGAUCACAAGAUCUUGUCGUCAGAACCUUAUAAAAUACAAGCAAGCAAAAUAAAGACAAGUAUAACAAACUAAAAAAUAAAGUAAAAAUUAAAAUAGAAAAAAAUAAAAAAUCCAAGUUGAAUAACAACUUUCAAAAUACUAGAAGUAUCUGAGUAUAUUAUCAAGUGAAAGAAUACAUUUUUUUAGAUUGAGCUUGAAAAAGUAAAAGGAAGUUGGUGGAUCAAAAUUCCACAGAACAAUAUUAUACCAUUGGUAUAAUAUUGUUCUAUGGAGGUCCACGAUAAGAAUCCAAAAUUGAUUAAAUUUUGUGUGACAAAACGGCUCAUUUAAAAAAUUUAUGUUUCUCAUAUAAUAUUUGUUGUUAGGUUUGAGUUUGAAAGUUUGAUUAAAAGCGGUAAGGGAUAAAUUAUUUUUCAAUAAAUAUAAAAAACAUAAAAAUUUAAUUACAUUGAUUUCAAAUAAAUUUAAUAAUCUAAUUUCAGUAAAAAUAGGUUUUGCAAGUGGAAAACAAUCAGCACAGUUAAUUAUGCGGAUCGCAUGUUUUUGACGACGAUAAAGAAGUUUUUACAACGUGGGAGUACUAACACUUUAUGCAAUGUUAGAAUAAUUUAUGUAACUGUGAAAUAAAGAGUUUUGAAGCUAGCUUAAGCCAUUUUUAUUAAGGUAGUUACGAGCUUUACUUCAGAUCAAAAAUUCUUUGAUCUGAAGUAAAUUUUUUUCUAGCCAUAAAAGCUUACUUAACUCAUUAAAAAAAAUCAUUCAAAAAAUAUUUUUCCCAAUUAUUUCUUGUAAUACAAGUUAUGCAUCUUAGACAAUUCUAAAAUUUGAAAUCUUUUAUUUUUAUAUUUAAUAGUAACUGUAAAACUUGCAAUGGUAGUUGCAAUUUAUUAGAAGUUGCGUAAAAAUUAAACUGAAUUUUAUUAUCAAGUUGGUUGAAUGAUAAAAGUAAAUUUUAAGUUACUAAUGUACAAGAAAAGUUGUUACUAAGUUAAUAGUAAGAACGUGUCCUUAACUUUAUGUUUUGUACAAAGUUAUUAGUAAGAAUAUGUUCGUAUCUUUUUAUCUUAACACCAAGUGGAGCCUCAAACUAGUGGUUUGGGUAAAACAGUUAUUUUUUGGGCACUUGAUGCUAUUUUUAUUAUGCCCACCACCGCUUACGAAAUUAACAUUAUUAUGCCCACCACCGCUUACGAAAUUAACAUUAUUAUGCCCACCACCGCUUACGAAAUUAACAUUAUUAUGCCCACCACCGCUUACGAAAUUAACAUUAACAACAACAAAAAAAAGAUACUUAUCUCUAGCUAUAUUGGUCUUAAAGUUUUUUCUGAAAAUAAAACAUUUUCCAAAACUUUUUUAAAUUCUCGCAAAACAAUUUAUAAUUUUUUAAUUGAAUCUUACCUGAUGAAAAAUGUCAAUUGUGGUUCAAAUUUUCAAAUCCCUUUAACUCUUGCCCAGUAUUUUUUACUGUUAUAAGCAAGAUCUCUUGACACUCUCAGUAGUCAAUACAAAUUUUAAUUCUCUUAUUUUUAAUUUUCUAAUUCUCUUCUGCUAAAUUACUAACCGUAAUAGCAAAAAAUUUCACAAAGCAAUAGACACUGCAGUGAUGAAAGGCUUUUGCUUUUGACACACCAAAGGCUUUUUUUAAAGAUUUGCAUGUUGGUCUUUGUAUCAGUUGUAGAACCAAUAAUCAGCACACCUAGCACCUCUUAUCCAAGAAAUUUUAAAGUACUUGGUUAAAAAACACAACCAGUUUUAAAUAAAAACCCAAUAAGGUUGAAAAAUUCCAAUGAUUUCAUCGACAAAACUAAGGCUUGGAUUAUCAAUAAGGACGAGUUACAAGUAUCUUUUGAUAUUGUAAAUUUAUAUCCAUUAAAAGAACCAACAGUUAUUCAUUUAGAUCAAUUGAAUAAAAACAUUUCCUAUAAAAACUCAACCAAACUUGAUAAAUAAGAAACCAAACAACUAAUAGAACUUUACUUAUUUCGUUAUUACUUUAUGUGGAACAACGAGAUAUACGGAUUAGAGAACUCAGGCCUUAUUAGAUUAUCUUUUAUAGUUGUUUUAGCUGAGUCGUUUCUACAGCACAACGAGGAAAAGGCAUUAAAAAUAGUAAAGAUUAUAAAUCCUUUUAUUGAUAUUAAAUCUUUUUUUCGAUAUGUAGACGACAUUCAUCCUAGGUUUCCUUAUUUACAACAAGCAAAACAAUUCCAAAAUAUAUUUAACAAAAAACAUCCAUCAUUAAAAUAUACAAUAGGGUAAAAAUUUCUCAAAAAACACAAAAAAACACAAAUCUGCACCAUAUAUAUCCAAAAUUUUUGAAAAUUGGCACAAAUGUGUAUAGCCAUUUGUUAGGAAAGAUUGUAAUUUUUUUUCAUAAAAUUCCUUACCGUUUAUAAUUUACAGCAAUUUGAAGUUUCCUUGAUUUUGACUAAAAACUGAGGAAGGAAAAGUGCCAAAAAUCAUUCCGUUUACUUUCACCUUAAUAUGGUGCUUGUAGUGAUGCCACAAUUCUGAAACCUUGUACCAAAAGAGUUUAAAAGCUGUUAAAUCUGCAAAAUAUAGUUUUUUAUAUGUCAAAACAAGGGAAUGUAGCUUAUUUUAGGAUACAUAAAAUACACUUUAUAACGCCGAGAAAAAGGGCAUUGACAAUUAUAGUUAUAAAAAAAUCUGACUGAUAUAAAAAAAAUUAAUUUCGACUUUCUUAAAAAUAAGAUCAACACCUACUUUUUGAACCAAUUUUGUUUUGGCCUUAUAUUUACUUGAGGAAUUAUUGAUGUUUGAUAUAGACACAAAAUUUUUUAAUAUUUUUUAGAUUAGACACUUAAUAUAACCCCACCUUUUA